AUGGUGAUCACCGGAGCAAUGGGAAGACACCUUAGAAGCUACCCUCAUGCCAGGUUCCCGGAUCAUGAGGACUUACUAAGACAUCCUCUACUCGACGAUCACCUUUCGAGGGCAAGGCAACAGCUACGUGUGGGACCUUGGACUAAGGCUUAUGGUACACCUCUGAUCUAUGCCCUUGAUUUGAUCUCCAGGACGCGUGGCUGGUUGAUCUUUGAGGAUGUAUGGAGACAGAUGGACUGUGCAACCCUUGGGGAAUUUUGUGACUUGGCUUGGCAAUUUCUUGAAGAAUAUGGGAGGGCAAAUUUUGGGAAGUUUGUUAGUGGAGAAACCAGAAGUUCUGAUUCUGCUGAAAAGGCAAUAACUCUCAGAGGUUCUGAUAUCAUUGACAGCAAAACAGGCUUCAGAUGUGCUAACGUCAAAGUCAGCACUUGGCUUUUCCCUGUACUAAUCAGAACAUCUGCAAUUCUGUUGUUACUCCACAAAACAGGAAACAUAUUUGGAACAGAUCCAGCAAAUACAAAAAUGUUUCAGAGGUCAGAACCACCAAGGUCACAGGCAAGUCCUAUACUGGCUCAGAAUGUUCUGAGCGUGAUGAGGGUCAGAAGGUGCUUACUUGACUGUUGGAAAAGUUGGUGGGUGGAAGUUAGCUUUUGGCUCUGUGGUGAAGACUCUCUAUUUAUAGGAAAAGUUCUUGUGGAUGCCUUGAACAUUAAAGCGCCAACAGAGUUUGAAUUUGUUCUUUGA